UUUUCGAAUUCAUUGAAAACUUCGUCUACAAAAAUGUCACAAGUUCUGAUAGCCACAGGCCUAUAUAAGCCAGGCCCCAGAAACCCGCACCACACUGGCCCCAAGAUGGUCUUCAAGCUGAUACGUCCGGCCCCGCUCACUGAGAGGGUUCGGUCCCGCGAUGGCUGCAUCUACCUUUACCGGGCCAUGAAGUUCAUAGGCUGGCUGCCCCCCAAGGAGGGCGUGCUGCGCUACCUGUACCUCUUAUGGACGCUGAUGACCUUUGUGUGGUCGACCACGUACCUGCCGCUGGGCUUCCUCGGCAGCUACAUGACGCAGAUCAAGUCCUUCUCCCCGGGCGAGUUCCUCACCUCGCUGCAGGUGUGCUUCAAUGCCUACGGCUCCUCGGUGAAGGUGGCCAUCACCUACUCGAUGCUCUGGCGCCUGAUCAAGGCCAAAAGCCUGCUCGACCAGCUGGACCUUCGCUGCACCAGCAUGGAGGAGCGCGAGAAGAUCCAUCGCGUGGUGGCGCGCAGCAACCACGCCUUCCUCAUAUUCACCAUCGUCUAUUGCGGCUAUGCCGGCUCCACCUACCUCAGUUCGGUGCUCAGUGGCCGGCCGCCCUGGCAGCUGUACAACCCGUUUAUCGACUGGCAUGACGGCCAUCUCAAGCUUUGGGUGGCCUCCACCCUGGAGUACGUGGUGAUGUCGGGCGCUGUGCUGCAGGAUCAGCUUUCGGACACGUAUCCGUUGAUCUACACGCUCAUUCUUCGCGCACACAUGGACAUGCUGCGGGAGCGCAUCCGACGCCUUCGGUCCGACGAGACACUGAGCGAGGCGAAUAGCUACGACGAGCUGGUCAAAUGCGUCAUGGACCACAAGCUGAUUCUGAGAUACUGCGAGAUCAUCAAACCUGUCAUUUCUGGGACCAUCUUCACACAGUUUCUGCUGUGCGGCCUGGUGCUGGGCCUCACGCUGAUCAACGUGUUCUUCUUCUCGGACCUCUGGACGGGCAUCGCGUCCUUCAUGUUCGUUAUAACCAUUCUGCUUCAGGUUUUUUCCUUCUGCUACACCUGCAACCUCAUCAUGGACGACUGCGAAUCCCUGACCCACGCGCUCUUCCAGUCCAACUGGGUGGGUGCCAGUCGCCGCUACAAGACAACGCUUCUGUAUUUCCUUCAAAAUGUGCAGCAGCCCAUCGUUUUUAUUGCUGGCGGCAUCUUUCCGAUAUCUAUGAGCAGCAACAUAAGUGUUGCCAAGUUUGCCUUCUCCGUGAUAACCAUUACCAAGCAAAUGAAUAUAGCCGACAAAUUUAAGACGGACUGA